UUUACUUUCUCAUUACGUCGUUUUCUUAACAUCUACUCUUUCUUCAUUUAUGCAAUGACACAUUUAACGCAGAUUCAACUUUUGACUAAACCUAACAUACAAAAAAAAAACAAAAUAAAAUUGACUAAACCACACCCGAUACACUAAAUUUGAGCCACUUCAACAAUAUUUUGUUAGAGAAUACCAGAAAAGCUCUCCCCUAGCAAUUCCUAUAUGGAGAUCCCAAUUCCUCCCAAUUUUCAGUGCCCAAUCUCUCUUGAACUGAUGAAAGAUCCUGUCACCUUAUCCACCGGAAUCACAUAUGAUCGAGAAAGCAUCGAUAACGCAGUACGAGGUCUCGGAGGAGUAUGUAUUAUCAUCCUCUUUUGAAUCAUAUGCUAGUGUUUCAGUAGAGAAACAUGCUUGUUUGUUAAUUGAGAUCUUGUGAAGAUUGACAUGGAUGUUCCCGCUUGGUGUAGAAGCCCAAUCUAAGCUAGCUUCGUCCACUUCUUUACGUUGCAUGGCAUGGUUUUUGAGAGGGGAAGAUGUUUCCGGUAGGCGAGUCACGGUUUUAGCCCUAGCAGAGCUACUUGCAUUGGAUCAGGGAUAUGUUAACGCGUUUGCGGAGAUGGAAUGUGUUGCAGAAGCAUUAGUGAAGAUAAUUAGGGUACCCAUUUGCCCUAGAGCUACCAAUGCUUCUCUAAUGGCUAUUUACCACAUGAUUUCACCGUCGGCGAUGAGUGAAGAGAUGACAAGAAGGUUUAUGGAGAUGGGUUUGGUUUCAUUGAUAUUAGAAAUUGUUCUAAAUUACGAGAAAGGCAUAUGUGAGAAAGCUCUUGGUGUUUUAGACUGUAUGUGUGAUUGUGGUGAAGGGAGAGAAUAUUUGGCUCGAAACCAUGAAUCAACUAUGCCAGCGUUAGUGGAGAAGAUUUUAGGAGUAUCGAUGACAGCGACGGAGUUUUCAGUUUCGGCUCUUUGGAAGCUUUGCAAGGAUGAAAAUGGAGGUGUUGUGGUUGAUGAGGCGGUUCAUGAAUUGGGUGUUUUUGAGAAGCUGUUGGUUGUUUUACAGGUGGGUUGUGACGAGAGAACAAAGGAAAGGGCUAAUGAGUUAUUGAAACUCUUCACUCGCUACAAAGAAAGGUUGGACUUGGAUUCAUCAAUUUUAUUCAAGUAUCUCAAAAGGCCAUACUGAUUUUUUUUAAUAAUUUUUGGAUCUAGUUAUUUUCCAUAUGGAAUAUUGUGAAAAUAACCAUGUAAAUAUGUUAAAUUCUCACAGUUCAGAGUAGAAAUAACCUAACAAAAAGUUCUUGGCGCGCACAAUUCCUUUAGACUAUUGUGAAAGUAUAACCUAUGCUUUGUUUAUUGUAUUAGGUUUUUGACUACUCGAUCA